AUGUGGCCCCCCAACAACUCCUCAUCGCCUAUAUUUCGACACCCCGAACCACUCAUUGUUGACGGCGACAUGGAACAUCUUUAUGGUGAUGGGGAUAUGAAAUGUUUUGAUCCUUCUGUGUUGCAGGCAUCAACGCCACAUGAAGAAGACGGUUUCGAUGAUAUUUUUUUGCGGCCUUCCACAGCGACUCAACCAUCCAACUCAACCUCGUGCCUGUCCCCAGCAAGAUUGAUAAAAGCAGGACAUCAACGCUCCUCAGCAAAAUUUCCGGAAACCCAGUCACCAUUAUCCGAUACCCGUUCCGAUUCUCCUGAAGAUUCGACCCAUAGCUCCCAGAGUAGCAGAGCAGGGGAUCGGUUUUCUACCCCAGCAUGGCCGAGCUUGGUCGACUUCACCGUGGGAGACUCGCCUUUGUUUGGGCAAACUAAUGACAUACCACCCUUUAAUGGCGAUUACCCAUUAGAUACCGACCUGGAAACGAGCAACAAGGCUAUGAGUUCCGCAUUCGAUUUUGAUAGUGCCGCUAGCAGCCCAAGCCCUCUCAAAGUGGAGAUUGCCCCAGAAACCAAUCACAAAUCUCAGCAACCAAAAAAUAUGUUGCGGGGCCCAUCAAAUACAAUAAAUCAAGUUAUAGAAUCUAAUUCACCGUCGACAAAUUUUUCUACCUCAGCGAGCCCUUUCUACUUCCGUGGAUCAUCGGAUGCAUCUAAACCUUCAGCGUUCCGCAGCAAAAGUCAAUCUGGUUCGAACCAGUGGGAGCGUCAGUCGCCAGGUUCAGAACUAGAAGAGACUUUUGGAAGUAUCAAUAUGAACGGCACCGCCUCUCCUCUUAGCUCUACUCUCUCUCCAAGCCUAAAUUUCGGAGUUAACCCACUCAACUUCGAUCCGAUGACACAAUCUUCCGUAUCCCAACUCCCCACUAAUGGUGACACUUCCGCAUUCCAUCCGAAUAUGAGUCAGGAGAAUUAUGGUAAACCCCAGUUGGUAGUUCACCCAACGUCUCUGAAGUCGCGAGUGGAAACUCAAAUUCCGAUUAAGCUUACUUUGUGCCCUUUGCCUCCUGGUGUCAAAAACCUACGACUCCCAAGUCAUGCCAUCUCAAAGCCGAAAUUCCUCGCCAAACCAGACACUGGCCCGUCACCAGAGAUUCUUGAACUUCGUACGAACGUAGUUUGUACCAGUGCUAUGCAGGAUAAAAAGAAGCUAGAGCGAGCAUUUGCGAGAGCGCGAGAGGAAGAACUUGAAGACUCUUCAGUGGAGUCAGACUCUAAGAAAGAUGGUCGACCUAAGGAGGAGACGCCAUUAGAAGGCGGUGAUGUCAAGAUAUGUUCUGGAUGUGUCCAGCGAGAACGGAAGCGGGCAUCACGCAAAAAGCAAAGGAAGCCGGAAGAAGACGAAUUGUUCCAAAGGGACGAAGAGAAACGCGUCAUUGUGUUCAACACAACGGAAUUGAAGGACUGGGUGCAACCCACCGGAACAGUUACAGGGAGUACCGAGUCUCCAUCUGCAGUUGCACCCCCUGGCGCGAUGCAAGUCGAGCUGCCUAUGCGCAUUGCCUGUUAUUGUCGACACCAGAAUGAGAAACUCGGGUUCCAGGUUAUUUUUACAAUCAAAGAUCACCUAGGCAACACUGUUUCUCAAACGAUAACGAAUUCUAUCAUGAUUACCGACGAUCAUAAAACCCACGCUCCCGCAAAUUCCAUUCCGCAAAAUUCUACCCUGCCUGCGGGACAUCAACUUCCUGGUGCUGGGGUGUUCCCUGCCAGCGCUAACCCGAGCAUGGCCGCCUCGUUGGUAGCUCAACCUCCUUUCCGUCUAUCUCACUCCUCGACGGAUUUGCAAGCACUGCGAAAGAACCAAUUCGCCUUUUCUCGGGAAACCUCGAGCACACUUAAAAAUACGCAAGCGCACCCUCCUGCUGUGGUUCCGCCUCGAAACCUUUCCAGACAAGCUUCGCCAACCGAGUUUCAAGGACCCUCCAGCAAGCGACGUAAACAGAGUGGCUCUGGUAAACUUCCUGUGGGGCUGACAAUGACAAAAGUGGAGAAUUCUCGCAAUGCAGCCGCUACAACAAACGCUACUGUACCUAAGCAAAGUUCUCAAACGUCCAGAAAGCAACAAUUUAAUGGACAAGCCGAGAGAUCAUUUGCUAUACCGACGUCGAUGACUCCUCAAUUUGGAAACGGUCCACCCACGCCAAACAACAACGAUAUAGCCUUCUUCAGCCCCACCGAUCGACCUAGGUCAUCUGACAAUCUUCCCCAGAAUCAGUUGAUAUCUGCUCCAAAUUCUGCCCAGACAAGUCGUCCUGGAAGCCCAGGUCUUGGUAACCACUUCCAGGGACCUUCGAAUCCACCUGGUUCUCUUGUAUCGAGCCAAAUGUGGGGCAUAUCUCCACCUAAUCCGCCAAACCGACUGCCCACUAUGAUCCACAAGCUCGUCCCGUCUGAAGGCUCAACCACCGGCGGAAGUGAGGUAACUCUGCUCGGUAGCGGGUUUUAUCCUGGAAUGGAAGUUGUAUUUGGCGAUACGCUGGCAACGACGACAACAUUUUGGGGAGAUAAGUGUUUGAAUUGUCUUACUCCCCCUGCGUUACAACCUGGCACGGUUCCCGUUGUAUUCAAACACGAGCACCCGACUUUUGGACAGUUCCAGGCAUCUACGCAGCCUAUGAUUCCAAAGCAACCAAUAUUUUUCCGCUAUGUGGAUGAUCGAGAACUCCAAAUGUACCGCGUCGCACUUGGCAUCCUAGGCCAAAAACUGAGAAACCCCGCGGACGCUUUUCAGACCGCUCAGCAAAUCAUGGGCGGAGGAUCAAGUAAUAUGUGGAACUUGCAGGGUAACUUCCAAGGCAAUGGGCAGCAAGGUCAUGGAAAUCAGAAUUCACAGGCAAACAUAAAUGACUUAGAUGCGAAGAUGCUUGUCUAUCUCGAAUUCAUGGAUUUGGAUGACAGUCCCAGAUCACCGCGCUUUAAUCGCCGUUCUCCUUCAGGACAAACCCUUCUUCACUACGCUGCUUCGCUUGGAUUAAUUAGAUUCGUUGCUGGACUGCUUGCCAGGGGUGCGAACCCGAAUGUACAAGAUAAUAAUGGCAACUCGCCGCUUCAUCUGGCGGCUUUGAGUGGCCAUAUUCACAUUGUCCAUCGCCUACGUUUGGCUGAUGCUAACGUGGCUGCUACUAAUUUGCGUGACUUUACUCCGGCUGAUCUUGCAACCUCAUUAGAAACACAUCAAGCCGUCCUCGUACCUGCUCGACACUAUCGAUCGCGCAGUGUCGGUUCAACUCGGUCGUUGCGCCGCCGCCCAAGUUCUGCAUCACUUGACAUGUCCUGGGAAAUAUGGUCCGGCGAUUCGGAAAAUAUUGAUGUGGAUUCGUCGGAUGAUUCAUCGGAUGGAAGUGAUGAGUCCGAGCCGGCAGGCGAAGCUUCUGAUUCUCCUUUCUUCUAUCCUGCAUCCCGACGAACGAGUAUACACCGAGACAGCAACGCUGGCUUCUACUUUUCACGUCCUCACGAGUCCAGUGCUCAACCUAGUCGUGUACAACCACCAAACGACGGAGAAACUGAGGGUGGAGAUGAGAGUAAUGUAUCUUCUCCUGCAAGGCUCAUCGCCUGGCGCAACCAGCUUGCCGCUCAAAUCAAUCAGUUCCAGCAAAGUGUCAAUUGGGCUUUCCCCAACCUUCCAGCUUUGCCUCCAAUGCCAACUCUUCCAGAUUAUCAAACGUACCCUAUGAUGCGGCGAAUUACUUCACUCGUCCCGCAGCGGCCAACCACAUCAUGGCCCACCACUGUGGUAAAAGAUAGCUGGGACCGUUUGACUGGCAACUCUUCCCCUCCAGCCUAUGAGGAUUUAUAUCCAGUUGAUAAGACGGAGGAGGAUUAUGAUCUCAAAAAAUCAUCAAUGGUCCAGGCUGCAAGGGACGCAGCAGUUGAUCAGCACUUCGAGAUGAUUUCAGAAGGCGAAGCGUCGUCUGCUAGCUCCAUCUCGAGUCCCAGUGAUAUUGGAGAUGUCAGAAUAGGACGAGCGAAUAUUCCUCAUGAGCAACAGGAGCAGCUGCGGCAGGCUCAUGCUCGCAAGAUGAAGAGGAUUCGCAGUGACCGGAACCUCUUUUUCAUCUGGAUUCCGCUUCUUAUUGUCGUUGUUAUUGCCAUGCUACAGAACCUCGUACCUGAUAUUUGGCACGGUCUUUCUCGGGGUUAUCAAAUGUUCAAGGCGCGUCAUCUGCCCCAAACUCAAGAAAUCCGUAUGGUUCCUGAAUGAUGGGACACUGCCACAGUAUCGAUAUACUUGGCAUGUCCUGGCUCAUGGUUUUGGAAUAUGUACCUUUCCUUCUGUUUUUCCCUUUUUAUUCAUUGUUUGCUAUAAAUGGAUACGGUCUCUGUUCCCUGGAGUUUGAUGCCUCGUUUGUCAUCUUGGAAAACUCGACCAUCGCUUGAUUCACUCGCUAUCUUCCUUUUUAUCGGGCCCCGGGCCCCGGCUCGAUCAGCAAACAUCGAUUAUAUCUUGAUUUCUACCCCAUUCUGUGGUAUUUGUAUAUAUACGAAGGUAAAUAUACGUAGGUAAAUAGAUCGAUAUUUAAUUCCAAGCUUUACUUUG